GAGUCUAAAAAACGCUGAAAGCCUAAAAUCAGUUCAGUUGGGGUCUUGCAGUCUUUAAUCCAUGGCUUCCUCAGCGCCACAAAGCUCAGCCACAGGCGCACAAAACCCUAAGAAAUCGCUACCCUUCUUUGCGAACGCAAGGAAGCACAAGCACAGCUUCAUACAGUUCUUCGCGAUGACGGGGAUUUUGCUCCUGAGCGUCAGAUCGUUGGGCCAGAAGUACCGAAUCCACGACCUCCGAGAGGACACGUCGGAUCUGAAAGAGGAGCGAGAAACCCUAGCCGAGCGCAUGAGGAACAUCAAGCGCGACCUCCUCCACGAGGCCUCGCGCGAGCCUACCGGCCGCUUCGCUUCCAGGCUUCGCCUUCUCUUCGGCGAGGAAGAUUUGAUUGAACCGAAGUGACUGUUGACUGUCCCUAGUUGGAACCUUAACACUUAUUUUAUGGGGGGGAAAUACCUGGCAUUGGGGCAUUGCCAUGAGAGAUAGAAAAGAAUCCAUUAGUUUUCAGUGAAAAUUGAAUUUGGAUUUUGAAGAAAAAGCAGAGAAGAGUGUAUGGGUGUGAAAAAGGUGUCUACGUGAAGAAGGGUCUAAUGGGAUUGCGGAACGCGUGGACUUGAGUAACUUCCUUGAGCCCAUCACCCAACUCUAGUUACAUGCACACGACAGUAUAAUAGAAUGGAUUAGAGGAAAAACUUUGUUAUCGCAAGUUUGUUUUUUUUUUUUCCCCUUUCCUUUUACGAGCAAAUGCCUAGCAGGGAAGGGGGAGUUAUCACAAGUUGGUAUUUCACAUUUUUAGAUAUU